GCCCAUGUCAGAGAACCCAUUUGGAUGGCACGGAGAGGCGAUCAAUAUCCACCGAGUGCAGUCCAGAAGUUUUGUGAAUUCGUCGCGUAAAUUCCCGUUUCCAGUCCGGUUCGCGGUAAUGUUUGCGUGUGACGUCGUUGGUCGCGUGCGGAAUUGACCGUCGAGUGCGAAAUCCUCCCCGCGGGAAGGUCGUCUUCCAUCCAGCAGCAGCAGCAGGGGCUCUCACGGGUUUCACGGGUCAAUAUUUAUCGAUUGGUCGCAGCAGCAGCAGUAGGCUAUGAAGGGGCCACCAGCCACCAGAAUCAUCAUCAUGUGAUAAAGAGAAGAUAUCGUGUGCGAGAAAGAGAUAGCGAGUGAGACGAUUCAUCAUCGCUGCCCAAAAGUGGGCCACCGGGCGCUACUGGUGCGGGAUCCCCUCAAAAUUUAUAAAUAUGCACUGCCCGCGGCUGCUUUGCUAGCUGAGCUGACCAACAGCAGGACCAGCGAACGGGAAGGCGCACGGAGUGCGAAGAAGGUGCAAUAUUUAUUAGAACCAACACACACACACACACAUACGGCGCGAGAGAACGGGGGGAAGCGCAACAAACGCAGCAAUCGUAGGAACCAUUGACCAAAAACAUAAGUCAACAUUAUUACCUAAUCGCGGCACUGACACACGGCUGCGGGAAAGAGAGAGAGCGAGCGAGUGGAGAAGCUGCUGAGUGACCGGCACUCACACACUCACACUACCAGCGGCGCAAAGAACCGACCCCACUGACCCCCGGUCGUCACUAUAGCAACUCACAACUACACACACACUCUCACUCUCACUCCCGAACGCCCACCACCCACACCCGCGCCGCCCCAUCGCGGGAGAGAGAACUGCUCUAGAACGGGACUCAUCUUUCCGUUCACACUCACAAUCUCACAACACAAAUGCACGAGAGAGCGCGAGCGAGCGGCGGAUGAAUGACAACUGCGGCGACGGCGGUCAUCCAUCUUUGAUUCCGCGCAGGCCAGCGCCAGACCAGCCAGUGUCGUAGUAGGCCUCUUGACGGAGAGUUGCGAGACUGUGUUGUUGGUGGGGCCACCACAUCAGCACAGCACAGCACCAUCGCAGUAAGCCGAGAGAGCGAGCGAUUAGAGGCAGCAGCAGCAUAGAAGCAGUGUGUGAGAGGGAGUGAGAGAGAGGCAGGCCUGUCGGUCGGUCGGACGCGGUUGGAGCGAGCGAGACGGGACAAGUUGUGGAAUAUGGCUGUGUUUUUAAUUAACAUAUGCAAGUUCAAUGGUUGUGGCAUAACAUUUCCCAGCUUGGGCGAUCUGAUCCAGCACAUCGAGGACACCCACAUUGACUACGACUCCCAGAUCAUCGGCCAGAAGGAAAAGUCCCAGUCGACAUGCCUUCCGCUGAGCUACGUGCUCCGGUUCAUCACGGACCCGUCCUCGCGGAAGGACACCAACGGCUCGUCUGGUGGACUGACCAGCAGUGGCGUGUCCAUGUCACCAAGCGCCAACCUAACCUCCACCACGACCACCCCCAGCGGACUCAAGCUAACCCCGGUGGGUACUUCCGUCGGUUCGUCAGCGGCAGCUGCCGGUUCGGACUGUGGCGGUGGUGGUUACCAGAGCACACCUCCCGGCACGCCGGGCAGUACAACGUCGUCGUCGUUGCUGGGCAAUGGCGGCGGCGGCGCCAACAAUGGCACGGAAGCGACGUCGAGGUCGUCGGCGGCGGGAACAACGGGCUGCUCGUCUGGGGGUUCGGGAGGGGGUAGCGGAGGAGGCGAUGGCAAACUCGGCACGACCGGAUCGGCUGGAACCGAUAUGAAGCGUAAGAUUGCCAUCAAGCACCACAGCUACAGCAUGUCCUCGUCGAACCGGAGUACGACGCCCACGGGUAGCGAAAUGGACGACGACGACAUGAUGGUGUCCGAGUCGGAGGACAGCAACGACUCGUGGACGACGGAGGAGUUCAGCUCGGAGUUUAUCAUGCGGUACGGAAGCAGGCGGCACUCCUCCUCAUCCGGCGGAAAUGGACUAAACUCGUCGAACGAGAAACCGUUUGCGUGUCCGGUGCCGGGCUGCAAGAAGCGCUACAAGAACGUCAACGGCAUCAAGUACCACUCGAAGAACGGCCACAAAAAGGACGGAAAUCGCGUCCGGAAGGGCUUCAAGUGCCACUGUGGCAAGAGUUACAAAACGUCGCAGAGGCUCAAGAACCACCAGCACAGUGCCCACCAGAAUCCGUCCGCGGACGGAGGUGGAGGUGGAGGAUCGUUGCAAUCGCCAUGCGCGAUCGUUUCGUCCGUCGUGGCGGCGACGGCGUCGUCGACGCUCGGUAUUCCCAGCAUCGUGACGGUGACCACGGCGGCUUCCGCCGGCGGCACCGCCACCGCAUCUAGUCAAAUUGCAUCCGCCUCCUCGAGUUUGUCCUCGUCCUCGUCUUCGUCGUCCUCUUCAUCAUCCUCUUCGUCCUCGUCGUCGUCGGCCAGUUCCCCAAACGGUAAGUACGACAACCUGGGCAUUCUGACGCCGGCCACGUCCCCAAAGCUGACGCUGGUGGGCACGGCCGCCGGAACCGCCGCCCAGGAGAACCUCAUCCCGCUGACGCCCAUCAGCCCGGCGUCAGCCAGUUCUGGCGGGGGAGGCGGAGGUGGCGGAACCACGACCGUGACGACGGCCACCCUGGUUGGCCAGCUGCACACCGAAGAGACGUAGCCGAUACUCAAGAACCUUUUGUUGCGAAGGUGUUGAGAGUUUCGUUUCGUUGUGGGAAAUUAGUGAAGAAUAAUACGCUUUUAUCUAUACCGAGACUCCGUGGUCACGUACAGAGAUAUGAUACUAAAACAAAACAUACACACAAACACACACACACAGCUACUGAAAUAUUAAAUUACAGCAAAAAAUAGACCGACAGAGACAGAGUUUAGAGAGACGAUUAUCGAGCAUAACUUCAGGAAAUCAAACUUAGCAGUUCACAACACAGAAAAAUAACACAAAAAUCUACAAGAUAUGUAAAGAUUAAUUGUUGGUAAUAUUAGAGCUUGGUCUCGGCACAGGUAAUAAUCCCAUUUUACUAGCGAUUCGUAGAUAUUUUAGGAUACAAAACACACACACACAAACAAACACACACACUAAUUUAUUGAAGCAAAUUCCGUACUUAAACAAUUAGAGCAGUUAGAGUUAGUCGAGUUCGAGCAGGUUCCCUCCGUUUCCGUUGUUGUUUGCCUUCCCCCACCCAUUCUAUUCUUCUAUUUAUCAAAUUGUCAUCAUUGUUCGAUCUGUUUGUGUUUAUAGGUUCUGUCUUUUCUAAAAAAACCCAAUAUUUAUUUUCUUUUGAAAACUUGACCAAUAAAACAAAACUAAAAACUGACUAAUUUCACGUCUAAACCCCGGGUUGCAUGGAAACAUCCCAAACUGUUGCAAUAUUUAGUUCGAAAAAAAAAUUCUUUCAGUUUGUAGGACCAAACAUACACGUCAUUGCCGACUUGACUUGUGACGGGACAAGCCACGCCCUCUCGAAUAGUAGGCGUGGUUUGGUUUUUCUUUUGAGUCGUAAUGAAGCAGAGUGAUUUUCUAGAUUUUCGCAACAAAAAUGUGUGUUUUUUUUAAAUUGAAUUAAUCUUUUUCUAUUUAUUUAUUAUGUGCAGAAAGACAUUUUUCAUAAAUAAUUCCACCAUUCAUACAAAUUUGGGAGCUGUCCAUACAAAAGGGCUAUAACAAAAAAAAAAAAAAAAAACAAAAAACAAAAAAAAUUAUCUUGAGAAAAUAUUUUAUGGAAGGUUGUUGAUCGAUAAAAUUAUCGUCUGACGAUAACAAUAAUGGUUAUCGUUAUUUCGGUAAUUCUAUUGGCGAUCAUUUUAUCGACGAUAACAAACAAUAAAAUUUACUUAAUCGAACCAUAUCAUGGUAAAUUUUCAAUGCUUUCACAAAGAUUUUUUUUAAUGUAAAAUUUCACAAAAUACCGCAAUUCUCAAAUUUUCAUUAUUUGCAAUAUGGGUAUCAAGCAAAUCAAAAUUCUGUAUGCAUUGUCAAUCAAUAUUUUUUUGUAAAAUACUCAAAUUUUCAUUGAAAUAUGGAAAUCAAGAAAAGGGAAUUUUGCAUGCUUUUUCACUUACAAGAUUUUUUUUUUAAAUCAUCAAUUUUACCAAAAUAAUAUAUUUCUUUAAAAAUAUUAAAAUUUUCAUGAUUUGCAAUAUAAAUAUCAAUGCAAUAUCAUAUUUGGGUAUCAAAUGAAAUUUUGAAUGCAUCUUCUUUAUUCAAGCUUUUUUUUUGUAAAAUACUCAAAUUUUUCAAAAUGACCGUGCUUUUCCAAAAACACUCAAAUUUUUAUAAAUGGCAAACGAAGCGAAAUUUUGCAUGCAUUGUUCACUUAUUUAUAGUUUUUUUUUGUUGUAAAAUUCCGUAUUUUUCAUUAAAUAUUCUAAUAAAAUGAAAAUUUAUACUAAUUUUGCUUCGUUUGAUUCCCAUAUUGCGAAUUAUGGAAAUCUGAGUAUUUUCGAAAAAAAUGAGGUAUUUUGUGAAAUUCUACAUUAUAAAAAAAUACAGUAUUUUGUGAAAAUUUUAGAGUUUACCAAAAAAAAAUCUAAUAAAGUCAAAUUGCAUACAAAAUGUUGCUUCGUUUGAUACCCAUAUUGUAAAUUAUGAAAACAUAUAAAUUUUCGAGAUAUACCGUAUUUUGUGAGAAUUGAAGUAAAAAACUCAAAAUUCCGCUUCGUAUGAUACCCAUACUACGAAUUAUAAAAAUUUGAGUACACUCAACCCCCUAAUUUGUACCCCGUUUUUCUAAACAAUUUUUGUCAAGGAACUAUUGAAAUGAUUUUCAAUAAAAAAAAAAUAAUUUUAAUAUCAUUUUUUUUAAUAUUCUUUCUAAGUUGAGCUAUUCAUUUACAAAAGUCAAAAUAAUGAGUUUUAAUUUUUAAACGUUAUUUUUUUUAUUGAUUAACAAUCAAAAACCUGUAUCUAAGAAAAAAACUCUCUGAUCGAAUUGGUGUCUUCCGCAAAGUUGUAGGCUAUGAUCCGGACUACUCGGAAAAAUGGUUACACUCAAAAAAUUACUCAUAGAAAUAGUCCAAAUUACUGAAAUUAAAUAAUUCAAAUCAUAUUUUUGUCUAUGGACCAAAAAUGGUCAACUUAUGAAAGUGUUUUUUUUUACAAUUAGGAAUAUUUUAAAAAGAAUUGAAAAAAAACAGAAUUUUCACAAAAAAAAAAAAUCAAAAUUUAGAAUCGGGUUUGCAAUCGAAAAGUAUGGCUCAUCAUUCUCUUACUAUUGAUACUGAUUUUUACAAAAUAAAUUCUCUUUUACUGUCUAUUGUUUUCAAUCUUCACCCUUUUUUCAAACAAGUGAGGUUUGAGCCCUUACUCAAUUUAUGGAAUGGUUAAAGGAUUAACACAAAUAUUACUAUUGUACUUUUGAAAAACUUUUAUAAAAUGCUUAGGACCAAAAAUUGUAACAAAACACCGCGACAAAAGAAAUAGCAACAUAUAAACACGACUCAACACUAGGAAAGAUUUCAGGAGAAACAAUACACAGUAAAAUAACAACUAGUUUUUGAAUUCAAUCUAAAAUAAAACAGUUUUUGCUUUAAUGAAAGUUGAUAGGCACACUAUAAAUGGUUAGGCGCUUAUACUUACAUCAAACCCUACGUAAUGUACCACCCCCGGCCGAGUUAAAAUGCGUAACCGGAAAAGAAGGUGUGCAUGCCUGGCACGAACACUCAAAGCGUGUUCUAGCGUGCUGCUCGUACUGACUCAGAGCAAGGGUGAGAUGUAGGUGUAAGGGCAGUGCGUGUUCGUCGGGAACCUAGUGCAUAAGAUCGGUCAAGGCCCGUUCUUACACUGAAAAUUGCGAAUUGCGAAUUGCGAAAAAAAAAAAAAAAUCAAAAUUUAGAAUCGGGUUUGCAAUCGAAAAGUAUGACUUUGCAGUUCCGUGGUGAAAUAAAUUACUUUUCCUCGAAUUCUGGAAUGACGAAACUGCCAUCUUUUCAUCAUUUAAAAUGACAGUGCUGAAAAGUACGUUUCAGCAUCAUUUUGAGUGCUGAAACGUUCAACUUAAAAAAAGUAUUUAUUCUUCUUUCUGUUUUUGUUUAUAUUUCAGUUUUAUUUUAAACAUAAGCAGCAGUUUUGUGAGAAUUAGGGGAACAGCAUCUAAUUCCAGCGUGCCUCUAAUGUUGCCAUAUCAGCAUUUUGACGUACAAUUACAGCUCAUGAAACGCGUUUUCAACUGAAAUCGAAUUAUAAAUAUUUUAAUUGGACGUAUAAAUAGGUUUACAAAAUUAGUUGUUUAAAUCGUGAAAAUCAAAAAUAUAUUGAUGGAGUUAGGAGCGAGUGCCUAACCUGCCAAACAUACGAGAAUUUUCCCUACUCUAAAUUCGAAUGCAUUCCAAAGAAUUUUAUAUUCUUUGAUUUUUUUAAUUCUUGUUGUUGUAAUGUUUUUUUGUGAGUUUUCCUUCCUUUCAAACAAAAAAAAGCUGAUAUUAAAAUGUUUUUAAAAAGAAAUCUGGGAUAAACAAGGUUUUUUUCAGAAUUUUAUGUCCAUCCAGAAUAAUUGACUUAAUGAAAAACCUGCGAGAUGUUUCAUCUGUCGUAGGCUCAAUUUGAAAGAACCAAAAAAACAUCGUUCAAACUUUUGUCUAAUUUCGAACUUGCGUCAUACCUUUUGGUUUGGAUAUGUUCCUAAAAAUACUUUUUUUUAAACAAAAAAGUCAUAAUUUUGUGACCAAAUUUUGGAUUCGCUUCGCUUGGAGACGGUGAUUUUAGCGGAUUGCAGACUGGAUUUCGCCAUGUAGAUAUGAUGAUUUUCCAGAAUAGAUUGCCUAUGAAUUAAUAAUUGGGAAUAUCAGCCGCACUAGGGACAAGGAAAGGAAUUUGAAAGGCGGGAAGAGUUUUUGCUCUACUUUUUUAAGUGGACAAGGGAAAAUCUCCACUCGCUCUAAGCAAGCGUUGCGACCAAUGUGUUUAAGGGUUAUAGUUUUAAUCUCCAGGCAAGCUGUCAAGACAAUUCCCGCUCGUGACCAAAAAGGGUUCUUUUGACAUAUGGCAUGGACAAGGAUUCAUUCAAAUAAAAAAAAUAAAUUAAACAUCUUAAAAAAAAACUGCGAAUAUCUAGAGAAUUACUCUUCUAACGACCAUCCAAGAAGACAUGGUUUAGUCCAAAGUGUGCGAGUUUUUUUUUUCUCCCACCCCCAGCCUACUACACCGCAAGAAAAGAAAACAAAUCACAUAAGAAUAAAAAAAACAAGUUAAAACCUACAAAUAUAUCAAAGAAAAAUAACCAGAAUUCAGAUCUCAGAUUCUCGUUCGCUUCGGUAACGCUUGUGUGUAAGCUCCUUAAAAACUUGCAAACGUGUAACAACUGCAUCAAAAUAAAAGAAAAGCACGAGCGACACGAGCAAGCGCACGUGAUUAAAUGUUAAAAAGAAAUGAAAUGAAAGAUAAGUGAAUGCUAAUGAUACCAAAUUUAAGCUGUAGGAAAUCUAGACUAAAAGCGCGUACAUGUUUUUUUUUUCAUUCUCUAAUUGCUGUGGUGCAACUGUUUGUAAGAUCCUUCGGUUGUGAAUGGGAAGAAAUAAGCAAAACAGAAAAUGAUACGAGAUAAAACAAACUAUUGAGAGGCUAUUGCGGAAAAAAAUAAGAAAAUUUUGGACGAAAGUUGAGCAAUCACUUUCGGUCAGAAAUGUUAAUAAAAAAAAACAAAUGCUCAAUAAUAGAAUCAGUAUCACUUACGCGCUAACACAAAUACACUCACCAACACAUACACUGUGAAACUAGUUCAUUUUCUCACUUAUUGAGAGAAAAAAAAAAAAAUACACACAAAAGAAGAGAAAAACGCGCCUCAUCGAUCGUUCAUAAAAAAAAAAAACAUUAAUUUGUGUUGAUUAAAAUGCUGUGAUUUUUACAACCUUCCUAUUUUUAUACGUUCAAAACCGAUUUCCCCUUUCCUGUUUCAUUUUUGCGUGUAAAAUAUAUUUCCCCUCCAAAAUCCUAACCUCUGUAUAAAAAAAUGUGUAAACCACGCUGUAAAUUGUAAAUUAUUAAAUUCCUCUCCGUCUCGCUCCCAUCCACACUAUCUAUUUAUUAAAUGUGUCCCCUUUUCCCCUUCAACGAAGCUGUUUUCCCCCUUCUCCCCCUCACGUCUGUUAUACUUGUUGGUAAAGUAGUAGUCGAUUAUGUCCUUUUUAGUGGUUAAGAAAUAACAAAAUAAUGAAAUAAAAAACGCAUUAGGAAAAAUAAGUCGCCCGAAAAAAAAAUCACAUCACCACCGCCAUAAAUGUGUUUUUUGUUUGUUCUUCUAGUUUGCUGCACGUUGAAAGUAUUAACCAUUCUAUUGUUCUCUUGCACGCGCAACUGCGCGCGUUUGUCAUGGCUACUUGGAUGAAACGUUCAACUAGGUAGGCCUUGAUUUUUUUUUCCUAGCUGAAUGCUUAAGAUUUCUGUUGCUUUGAAAACAACUCUCUGUCAAUGUGCAAUAUAUUUAUUUCUCUUCCUCUAACUUUUUCAAAACUUUAAUUUUUUACAUUUUUUUUCCACUCUAAAACUAAUUUUGUUCGACGACGAAAAAAAUCGCUUUCUGCAUAGGGACAAGUUUGAACCUUUUCCAGAAAUAUCCAAAUUUGCAAGCAAAACAAAAAAAGCACUAACAUUUACUGAAAAGUAAACUAAAAACAAUAUUACAAAUGCGCGGCUAAACGAAAUAAAUAAGAAGAAGAAGAAUAAAAAAAAUGAGCGAGUAAGGUGAAAAGUGAAAAACUUUAUAGCUAGUCAAAUUUUAUGUUAUUAACUGUAAUUACGUUUUAUCACACGUGUAAAACUAUAAGCAAAAAAAUAGGUAUAAAAAAGAAACGAUACAACACAACACAUAAGCGAAGUAAUGAAAAGGAGAAGAAGAAGAAAAAAAAACUAUUAAAUUUAACGAAAUAUUACUUCUAUAAAUUGAGGAAAAAGUCUUUUAGUCGUCUUUUAAUGAAAUUAUAAGAGUAAAUAAGAAGUUUAAAAUAUUUAUUUAAAUUAAUUGCAAAAACAACAACAACAGCAACAUACUACAAAGAGAGAUGAUACACACACACAUACACACA